CAGCCCCAACCACAAAAACAGCAAAACUGCAGUGAGGUGGGCGCACAACUUCUGCUCACACUUUAACGCACAGGCGCGGAGAGUUUGGAGCGACACUCCAAAGCAAGUUGUUCAGCAUCAGCUGGUGAUUGAAGCGCGUUUGAAUGAGAGUGAAGUUCCGUAAUGAGAUUUUUAAAAGAAACCCGGAGAGCAUUCAAUUAAGGAUCCCCCCUCUUUGAGCAGCUGCAGACUGAGAGCGAUUCCAGCGCUGGGAAGAUGACGGUGACCUAACUUCACGUCUUAGGAUCCAAUCGUUUAGUUUCUUUUUUGGUGAAUUAACACAAAUGAAAAGUGUGUAAACUUGGACUGAGGCUCUGAGCUGAAGCCCACUGGACGCAGGGAACGUGAACCCCAGCGGCUCGUCGGGAUGGUGCGCCUGUUGAGCUGCCUGCUGCUGGGAUAUCUGACCUGGAAUCUCCGGAUAUCGGAUGCUCAGGGAGAGUACUGCCACGGGUGGCUGGACUCAAAUGGAAAUUAUCACGAGGGUUUCCAGUGUCCGGAGGAUUUUGACACCAUGGACGCCACAGUUUGCUGCGGCUCCUGCGCGCUGCGCUACUGCUGCGCCGCAGCGGACGCACGGCUGGACCAGGGCAUCUGCACCAACGACAGGGAGGUGGAUAACACCGAGUUUGCAGCGCAGCCCAUCUACGUGCCCUUCCUGAUGGUGGGGAGCAUCUUCAUCGCCUUUAUCAUAGUUGGCUCACUGGUGGCUGUCUACUGCUGCACGUGUCUCAGGCCCAAGCAGCCGACCCAGCAGCCCAUUCGCUUCUCUUUACGCAGCUGCCAGGGGGAAACGAUCCCCAUGAUCCUUACCACGGCUCCCCCGAGCCUGCGAGCCCCAUCGCGGCAAUCCAGCACGGCUACCACCAGCUCCAGUUCAGCCGGAGGAGGUAGCUCCAUGCGGAGGUUUUCUCUCGGAGGUCAGGGGCAGCAGCAGCAUGGCUGCCUGGUAUCAGCCACCGUCUCAUCGUCAGCCUCCACUCCCACCCAGACCCCACAGACUCUUCUUCCACCUCCCCCUUACACAUCCCCACCAGCACCCAUGACAGGAGGGAUCCAGCACCCGCUGCCUUCAUCCCACACCCAGUUGCAGCUCCAUCAGCCCCCGAUGGCCACUCACUCGUCCCAGAACACCAGCUUCCUUCUUCCCCAGCAGUACUUCUUCCCUCUGCAGCCAGACGCCUUCGCGGCAACCAAGGGCUUCGCUGACUUUGGACAGAGCUGACAGGGCUCUCAGCACGGGAAAUAGAGGAUUACACAAUUUUUAGUGGGCAGGAUGCGACCUGUCACAGACAGAAACACGCCAGACGAGGCUGGUGCCAGAGAAGCUAUGCAUGAGGCCCGGCCAAUUGGCCGCAGAGCGAGUUGCUGGAGGGUAGGCACAAAGCGUGACAGAGCUGCUGUGGUUGACCAGCAUGGCCCGAGGUACUCCCCUGUCUGCAGCACAGGACACAUCAGCAGAUCUGACACCAUUUGUAAAAUGUAUGCACUUUUACUUUGUGAACAGAUCUCCAUGGUUUCCAUUUGUUGACGUUUCAAGAUGGAAAUGUAUCAGCGAUCUUCCUGAAAAACAGAUGUUGCCGUCACCAGAUUCUGCUAAGCAUUAACAGACUUGGGAAACCAGAGAAUUCCUUUUUCUGACAAUCGGAAGGACUUGGGAAUGAGAGACGUUUUAUUUUGGAGGAAAUGUUAUGUUAUAUAAAGGAUUUUACAGCUCUUCUGAUUGAUUGCUUAAACUUCAGCAAAUAAAUGUUGUCUCAUAGUAACUUGUGUGCUGUUUGAUGUAAAGCUUAUUAAGUAACAGUUUUGUCCAGAAAGACGGGGCUUCAUCAUCAUCAUCAUCACUGAGACAAAAAGGAAACCGGAGAGGUCAGGCCGGCACAUCAUCUCCCUACCUGUCGCUCAUUCUCGCGCCAGACUUCACAGCAGGAAUGCAGCGCUGAGAUCAGUCAUUGUCAGUGCUCAAUGAGCAUGGCGUGGUCACAGUGUUAAAAACAACUCACCCCAGAAAUAGAGGUUUGGGUUGCACCAGCAGGUAUGGCAAAACCUCCACAAAGACUGCUCUGUUACCCGGCUACCUGACUGUGAAACACACUUGGCAACCGGUUUGUCACGAAACCCGAAAGCUGUUCGGCUUCAGGAUGUUUGCUGCUGCGUUCAGGUAUCCGUUAAGUCUCUUAUCACAGAAUACGGCUCUCAUGAAUAACGUCUGUCGGAGUGUUACCUCCAUCCUGUCUUGUUUGAACUUGCAGCUGUCAGUUCAAACCUCUGUAUCACCUUCUGCUUAUGAAAGGAAAGCAGAA